CACGGUUUGGCUGCCAUCUUGGAGCCGAAUUAAGUUGAUCCCAGUCUCUUUUGUGGCUCCUGUCAAAUCGGAACUGAAGGUCUGAGAUCACGAACACAGAGACAUUUAAACCGCAAGACACUUCCGAUUCCUGUCAGACUUCGACCUAAAGAAACACAAACCUUCAAACACCCUUUAACACGAUCUGAGCGAAUAACUGCGCUAAAACACAAGGGCUUCUGAUGACUACAGCACGUUCUCAAUAAAGAACUCUGCUGAAGAUACCCAAGAGUCUCCUGGUCUUUGCUUCUGGGUUUCCAACCAUCCCAAAAGAUUGGACUCGCACAUGUUCUUGGCAGAUUUCAUGUUCUUCACCCCUUUAGCCCCGGCCUGUGAAGAUCAAGCCUGAAUGGAGGCCCACGGUUCAGCAAGAUUGUCCAGGAAGAGAAAGAGAGAAGGUUCAAAUGGAGAGGCAGAGGAGGGCGAGAAACUGCUGAAGUUAAAGCGAUGCACAGUGGGUCUGAAAUACCCGGCUCCGUAUGCAGAUCAGCUCGAGUCAAUGGAAGAUAAGCUGUAUCAGCGCGUCACCAUGGAGGAAGCUCGCAAAGGCACUCCACCCGACAGGCCUGUGCGUGUGUAUGCAGAUGGCAUCUUCGACAUGUUCCACUCAGGACAUGCCCGCGCUCUCAUGCAGGCUAAAUGCCUUUUCCCAAACACUCAUCUUAUUGUAGGUGUCUGUAGUGAUGACCUCACACACAAGUUAAAGGGCUUCACCGUCAUGAAUGAGGAUGAACGCUAUGACGCGAUUAGUCACUGUCGCUAUGUGGACGAGGUGGUCCGCAAUGCUCCGUGGACUCUCACGCCCGAGUUCCUCACCAAGCAUCGGAUUGACUUUGUGGCCCAUGAUGAUAUCCCAUACUGCUCAGCUGACAGUGAUGAUGUUUACAAGCACAUCAAAGAAGCAGGAAUGUUCGCACCGACCCAACGGACAGAGGGCAUUUCCACCUCUGACAUCAUCACACGCAUCGUACGAGAUUAUGACGUCUACGUCAGACGAAAUCUUCAACGUGGCUACACCGCAAAAGAGCUUAAUGUCAGCUUCAUCAAUGAAAAGAAGUACAACCUUCAGGAGCGUGUGGACAAGGUGAAGAAGAAGGUGAAGGACGUGGAGGAGAAGAGUAAGGAGUUUGUGCAGAAGGUAGAGGAGAAGAGCAUCGACCUGAUCCAGAAAUGGGAAGAGAAGUCCCGCGAGUUCAUCGGCAACUUCCUGCAGAUGUUUGGACCGGAGGGAGCGUUGAAGCACAUGCUGAAGGAGGGAAAAGGGCGAAUGCUUCAGGCCAUCAGUCCGCGGCAAAGCCCCAGCAGCAGUCCCACACGCGAGCGUUCCCCGUCUCCAACCUUCCGUCUGCCCUUCUUCACCAAAACCUCCCCGCCCUCCUCGCCCUCGUCACAUCACAGCAGCGCCCUGUCCGGCUACACCUACGCCGCCCGCGGGCUGGCCAUCAGCGAAGACGAGGAGGACGAGGAAGAUUAGAGUGCCACAGCGCACCACGCAUCUGUCUUCCAAUACUGGCAAUCCAACCUCAGAAACGAAGCAAUCCUUACACCAUCCAUCGGUUUCGCUCUCUGUAUUACUAACACACAUGAAGGGUUCAAAUGGAGUGACGUCUAGAACGUUAGUGACUGAGUCAGUUCAAACUUGAGGGGUUUUUAAGUCAUUGUCAGCAAUGGAAUGCGAGUAUUCAAACUCCAGCGUCUCGUCUUGAAUCGCGCUGGAUUGGCAGGGCUUUGUCGUGUUUUAAAAAGAGUGAACAUGGUAUUAAUGUUUCAUUUUUGUUUUGAAUGUUUUUAUCGUAAUAUAUAAUCGUUAGACAUCUCAUAAGUCAUGUGUCUCUUGGGGGCGAGAUUGAUGUCUAACGUUGAAAACGCUGCAAGGUGUACUGUAAGAUAAAAGCUAAUUGUCUAAAUACAAGCGCUAAAAUAUUAAAAUGAUUUGUCUGUAUUACAAGGUGCAUUAUCAGUGUUGUGGUAAUUCUACAAAUUAGAAAAAUACGCCAAUAUUAUACAGGCAUGACUGAGUGGAAAAUGAUAGUUUGCCUACGUGAAUUUGGUGUGUCAUGCUUUAGCAAAGGUCAGAAUUCCAAAUUUGAACAUUGUAUUUCAAAAACAUAUGCUUAAUAACCUAAAGAGUUGUCUGUUUUUACUGUAAAAAUGAAAGUAUGUCAUUUCAUCACCGCACAAUGCCCUGUUCAUCUAUCACUGUGAUUGUUUUCUUUCAAAGAGCUUUUAUCCUAAAACUUAGGUUGAAGGGCUAGUUCUCCAAGUUCGGUUUCGAUUUUUGAAUUCAAGCUUGAUAAUUACACGGUUAGGUUCUGCAGAAUGAGUCUUGCACGUUUUGAAGUCAAACCAACGGAGCUGUCGAUAAUUAAGGAAGGAAACCACACUGUAAAAAGUGAUGUUGACUUAAAAAAAACUUAAUAAUUUUAAGGCAACGGGUUUCCUCAGUUUUUUUAAGUUAAGUCAACUUAUCACUUUUUACAGUGCACUUCAAAGGAAUAUUCUGGGUUAAAUACAAAUUUAAGUCAACAGUACAGUAUAUCAGAAAAUCAUUUUGCCUAAAACAAAACUAAAAUCCAUUGUGAGUUAUAUCAGUUGUUUAUAUCAGUUAAUCCAGUUGUUUUAAGAGUUAUACUGUUAAUCAGUUGAGGGACAAAAUGAUGUACGGUGUUGAAUGACAUUAUGAUGUCUUAAGCUUAACUUGUAUUUAACCCUUAACAUUCUUUGAAGAGCUUUGUCACCAUUUUUAUGUACAUGUAUGGAUAUGCAAUGGUCAGUUUUAGACGGUAUGUGUUUAAAUUGAUUGAGAAAUCACCAGUGAUUAUAAUAUCUGACGUUCUGUCAUUUCAUUUCAUAAUUUGAUGAGGCAGAGGCUGAACAAACUGCUGUCCAGACUUGCACUGAUGUCAGAAUUCAACUAUUGUUAUGCAAAUAGUUAAUGCUUAAUUUUCAUGGUAAUGUCUGUCUUUUCCUUUGCACAAAUUAAGUGACUCUAGGAGAGAUUAUUAUUUUAUUAACUUUGCCUUCCCUUAUCCUGUCAGCCUUUGAUUGUACAGGAUGUCAACAGAGACAGGAAGACAAAUAAAUAGUGUCUAACGUACAAGAAGGGGUGUUGUAUUUUGUUCUACC